ACAUAUUUUAUCCAUUACUCAUUUACAUAUAUGUAUAAAUUUUCUAUGAAAAAAAUAUUCAACUAUAUUUUCUAAGCAAUUUGUUACAAAAUGGAGAGCACUUUUGAAUUUGAUCCAGAAGUAUUGGACAAUUUAUACAAACAUCAAUUGCAGCAACUUAAAGAAUUUACCCUUAAACUCGAUCGCAUCCAAGAUAUAAAUCUUUGUCGCAAAUGGUUGCAGAUUCUCAAUAAGACUUCCGAAGAUGAGAAAGUCUCCAGAAAUUGUCUCUGUGUUUUGAUGUGUCAACAAUUGAAAAACGAUGGACGCCUUUCAAUGCCAUUCACCGAUUUAUCAAAUUGCAAUCGGGAUCUUAAUCAGGUUCUGGCUGCUUUGGAUAAGAGUCAAUCGGGAAAUUCAGUUAUAUCGUCGUCGUCUUCGUCAAGAGAACUUUCACCUUAUAUUCCAGUUGAAAGAUAUGCUUCACAGGAGAACGAAAUUGUAAGACUCAGACAAGAACUAAUGGAUAUACGUGUUGAAAUUUCUCAGAAAGAAGCAAAAAUCCAAGAACUAAAUAAAAUAAUCGACAACUGUAAUCAAUGCUCAAUGGAAAACGAUGUAAUCCAACAGAUCACUCAAAUUUUGGAGAACUUUAAGAGUGAAAAAAUAAUCGAGAAUCUCUUCAUAUUUACAAAACUCUUCGCUGAGAACAACAAUCUCGACCUAGAGCAAAAGCUGAUGCAAUUGGACAAAAAACUGCAUAAUGUUUUACAGGAAAUACAAACUGCUCAAGUGCAGAUAGCUCAAAAACAAUUUGACAAUGUCAUCAAAUCCAAAGCAAAACAUUUAAAGAAUCAAGAGCUACGUUUGCAGAAAUUGCAGCACAAACUCAAAACCAAAGUUGCCAAACUAAAAUUUUGUUGGUUGUUAAGUCAAAAUUUCCUCAAAAGCCGACAAAGAGGCCAAACUCAGUUCAUUGAAAUGUUGGACACUUUGGAAAAACGUUACAAGGAUAUUAUUCUUAAAUUUUCCCAAGGCUUACCUUACGACUUGCCGUCCUGGUGACAGUGAUUUCCGAUCUGUAAAUGAGAAGAAUUUUAUUUUGUAGAAUUUAUGUUUUAACAGAAAAUAAAUAUUUAUCCA